CAUGGAGCUACUAGCAUCGGAAAAUUAGCAGCCUCGAUUAUUAUUUAGGAAUUCGUGUUUUACUUGACGUUUUAAGGCAAUUCUGUUCGCGUUUAUAAGUUUUAAUCGCACAGCUGGGAAAGCGAGAGUUUACCGGAAAUGGGAGUCCCGGCGUUUUUCCGUUGGCUUAGUCGCAAAUAUCCCUCCAUUAUUGUACAUUGUGUGGAGGAGAAGGGUAAAGUGUGCAAUGAAGUGCGUAUCCCUGUCGACACAACCAAGCCAAACCCCAAUGAGGUGGAGUUUGACAAUUUGUACUUGGACAUGAACGGCAUCAUUCACCCUUGUACACAUCCAGAGGACAAACCAGCGCCCAAAAACGAGGAUGAGAUGAUGGUGGCCAUCUUUGAGUACAUUGACCGUCUGGUCAAUAUCGUGCGUCCAAGGAGAGUUUUGUACAUGGCCAUCGAUGGUGUGGCUCCACGUGCCAAAAUGAACCAGCAGCGCUCUCGGCGCUUUCGCGCCUCUAAAGAAGGCAUGGAGCUUACUGAUGAGAAGCAACGCAUGCGGGAGGAGGUCAUCCAGAGAGGAGGUUACCUGCCGCCUGAGGAGAUUAAAGAGAGGUUUGACAGCAACUGCAUCACACCAGGGACAGAGUUCAUGGACAACCUGGCACAGUGUCUUCGCUACUACGUUGCGGACCGAGUCAGUAAUGACCCAGGGUGGCAAAACAUCACGGUCUUCCUGUCUGAUGCUAGCGUUCCGGGCGAAGGCGAACAUAAGAUCAUGGACUACAUCAGGAGACAGAGAGGUCAGCCCAACCAUGACCCCAACACCCAUCACUGCCUGUGCGGUGCUGACGCGGACCUCAUAAUGUUGGGCUUGGCUACUCACGAGCCCAACUUCACCAUCAUCCGGGAGGAGUUCAAACCCAACAAGCCCCGACCCUGUGCACUCUGCGGACAAAUAGGCCACGAAAUCAAAGAAUGUCAGGGCGUCGCCCGAGAAAAGCAAGGCCAGCAUGAUGAAUUUGCAGGGACCAUGCCAGUGUCUGAGCAGGAGUUUAUUUUCAUCAGGCUGUCUGUGCUCAGAGAGUAUCUGUCUCGAGAGUUGACCAUGGCCAGUCUGCCCUUUCCUUUUGACUUUGAGAGGAGCAUCGACGACUGGGUGUUCAUGUGUUUCUUUGUCGGAAACGACUUCCUCCCUCACCUGCCGUCCUUGGAAAUCAGAGAGGGGGCGAUAGAUCGACUGGUCAAGAUCUACAAAGAUGUGGUGCACAAAACAGGAGGCUACCUAACAGAAAACGGCUAUGUCAACCUGGCACGUGUUGAGAUGAUCAUGGAUGCUGUGGGCGUGGCUGAGGACAAUAUCUUCAAAAAACGCAAAGAAGAUGAUGAGAGCUUUAAGAGAAGGAUGAAAGAAAAACGACAAAGGAUGAAGAGGGAGCAGCAAGGCCCUGCCUACCUCACCGGGGGCCAGUUCGCCCCUCACGCGCUGGGCAGAGGACGCACGCCAGACGCCGUGGAGAACGCCCGCCACCAAGCCUACGACAUGAGGAUGCAGUCCAACAGGGAUGCCGCUCAGUCCCUGAAGGCCAUGAUGAGGAAUGGCGGUGGUGGCAACUCUGCAGGCCCCAGCGACGAUGCCAACAACAACAGAGGCGUGAAGAGGAAAGCGGACAGUGACGAUGAGCCUGAGCCAGAGGACAACGUCAGGUUGUGGGAGGAUGGCUGGAAGCAGCGCUACUACAAGACCAAGUUUGACGUUGACGUGUCUGACGAAGGUUUCAGGCAGAAGGUGGUCCAGUCGUAUGUGGAGGGUCUGUGUUGGGUGCUGCGCUACUACUACCAGGGCUGUGCCUCAUGGAAGUGGUACUUCCCCUUUCACUAUGCCCCCUUCGCCUCAGACUUCAAAGACAUUCAAGGAAUGUUCUCUGACUUUGAGAGAGGAACCAAACCGUUCAAGCCCCUAGAGCAGCUGAUGGGAGUGUUUCCUGCCGCCAGUGGCAACUUCUUGCCAGAAACAUGGCGGAACCUAAUGAUGAGUCCAGACUCUUCCAUCAUCGACUUCUACCCUGACGAUUUUGCGAUUGACCUGAAUGGGAAGAAGUACGCCUGGCAAGGCGUAGCCCUGUUGCCGUUUGUGGACGAACGGCGUCUGUGGGCCGCACUGGCCGAUGUCUAUCCAGACCUCACAUCCGAAGAAGUGAGGAGAAACAGUCUGGGAAGUGACAUGGUGUUUGUUGGGAAGUCUCACCCACUGUCGGACUUCAUCCAGGAACUCUACCGUGCAGAAUCUCAUGAGCCUACUGAGGUGCCUCCAGAGCUCUGUCAUGGAAUCCAGGGUGCAUUAUCUCUUGAUGACGACCCUAUCCUACCAGAUAAGACAGUGAGCUCGCCCAUCCCAAUGCUGCGGGACAUCGCACAGAACAGCGCCAUCGGAGUAAGAUUCAAGGAUCCCCAGUAUGAUGAGGGCUUUGUGUUCAAGGCUGUCCUUCUUCCCGGAGCCAGGCUUCCCACUAAUGUGCUGAAGCCGGAGGACUGGGAUAGGCGGGGGAACCAGCCAUGGAGACCCCAGCUGGGUUUCAACCCAAACAGGCAGCAGGCUCACUUGGACCAGUCGGGCUUCAGAGCUCUGGGUCACUCCCUCAGAAACCAACACAGCGGAGGAGGACAGUACAGCAAUGCUCCGCCUCCCAGCAGCUACAACCACCACGGAAACUACCGCUCCCCCCGCGGCGGCCAUCAGCAGUCCUUCCAACAUUCCAGAUCAGGAGGCCUGUUGGGAACUCCGCCAUCCUUCCAGCACCAGCCUCAGUUUCCUCGACAGCAACAGCAGUACCGUGGCGGCCCUCAGAGCUGGGACCGGGCCAUGCAGUCGCAGCAGGCGGCGUACCAUCACAACGCCGGCCGUAGCGGCGGCGGGGCCGGGCCGAGCGGCUACCAGCAGCGCUUUGAGCAGCACAGAGGAAGCGACUGGCGCGAGCGGCAGGAAGAGCGCGGACAGCAGUACCAGGGCUACAGCAGCUCCAACAGAGGACGUUACCCUGCACCACCGCCGUCCAGAAGAUACAACUGGAACUGAACAUUUUUUCGUUUUACCUGUCACAUGAUUUUUUUUAUUUUUUUUUUUUUAUUCUGCAUCUUUAAAAUACUUUCGUCCAAAUAAGCAGAGCUUUUAAACACAGUCAAUGUAUCUUUGAGAGAUUCUCCAAU